CACAACUACUGUCGGAACCCGGAUCGGGAUCCGCGGGGACCCUGGUGCUAUGUCAGCGGCGAGACCGGAGCCCCUGAGAAGCGGCCUUGCGAGGAUGUGCGCUGUCCAGAGGCCACUUCCCAAGCACCCCCAGAUUCCACAACAGAGCCUGAGACAUCUGAAGUGCCAGGUGAAGAUGAGGUAAAGGCAUUCCCUCCUGCCAAUGCCCUGCCUGCUCGGAGUGAGGCAGCAGCUGUGCAGCCAGUGAUUGGGAUCAGCCAGCGGGUCCGGAUGAACUCAAAGGAGAAAAAGGACCUGGGAACUCUGGGCUAUGUGCUGGGCAUUACCAUGAUGGUGAUCAUCAUCGCCAUUGGAGCUGGCAUCGUCUUGGGCUACACCUACAAGAGGGGGAAGGAUUUGAAAGAACAGCACGAGCAGAAAGUGUGUGAGAGGGAGAUGCAGCGAAUCACUCUGCCCUUGUCUGCCUUCACCAACCCCACCUGUGAGAUUGUGGAUGAGAAGACCGUUGUGGUCCACAGCAGCCAGACUCCUGUUGAUCUGCCAGAAGGCAGCACCCCCCUCAUGGGCCAGGCUGGCACCCCUGGGGCCUGAGCCCCUCCAGUGGGCAGGAACACAUAUAGACACUGGUGCAGGACAGCCCGCCCUCCUUCAGCUGGGAGGAUCAACAUUUUGUGUUGUGGUUAAAACC